GGUGAUGAGGAUGAUGAGAGCAUCAAUUGACUUUAAAGAUAACUCCAUGUUGAUGUUAUCAAUUCACUUGUACAAAUAACUGUAACAAUCAACCAUCAAAAGAAUCAACUAAUUGUUGUUACAUGUGAAUUGUGUUUUUGUUUCUUCCUAUUCAAUUGAUUGUUUCUAACCAUUGAAAUUAGUAAAUUUUUUGUCCUGCUAAUUUACAUCGGCAUUUAAAUUGCAAUUGGAUUCAAUUAGUGAUUCUCAUUAAGUUUGUUUACUUGUUUGGUCAACAAUUUAAGUUACAAUUAACCGUUUCUCUCAAUGUUUUGCUAUCCUCAUUGUACAAUUAACGGUUCGUCACUUGGACAUCAUCAUCAUCCUCAUCCUCAUCAUCCCCAUGGACCAAAUCCUACUAACAUUUCAUCAUUUCCUCUUUUCUCUCAACCAUCACAUUAUCCGAAUUAUUCUGGAUACUCAAGUGAUCUUCAAGACGAUGCAUUUGUCCGUCGAAAACAACGAAGGAAUCGAACAACAUUUACAGUCCAACAAUUGGAAGAACUCGAAAAAGCGUUCGCUCAAACUCAUUAUCCCGAUGUGUUCACACGCGAAGAUCUUGCAUUGAAAAUAAAUCUAACAGAAGCUCGAGUUCAGGUUUGGUUUCAAAAUCGACGAGCCAAGUGGAGAAAAGCGGAAAGACUUCGCAAAGAAAAGGAAGAUCGAGAUAGAAAUGGAGUGGACAGUGUUGACCUUUCCAUCAAUGGGUCACCUAAAGAUCGAGAUGACAUAAAUAUCAUGGAUCGUCCUGAUUCAGUUUGUCCAGAAGAUGAAGAUGACGAUGAUGACGAUGAUCUAGAUAUGAGUGACUCUUCAUCCAAUAAUAUAAUCACAGUUUCAGCAGUUCCAUCAAAAGUUACCAAUUGUUACAAUAGUCCGGAAGAGAUGCUUUUUAAUGCGGUUCAUCUUAAUUCAUCUUCAGUUGUGGGUGGAAAUGGGAGUCUCGGUGUGGGUGAUCAUCCACUUACAGCUCAUCAUAAUCAGCUUAACCACCAUUUAAACCAUCUUAACCAUCUAAAUGCUGCUGCAGCUCAUCAUCAUCAUCAUCAUCAUCAUCAUUUAAACCAUCAACUCUCAUCUCGACUCCUUGUUAAACCUAUACUCAACAAUAAUAUGACAACUUCAUUAUUGUUAUCAUCAUCAGCAUCCCCGGCAUUAUCUUCAUCAUCAUCAUCUCCAUCCUCAUCAGCAGUAUCUUCCGCUUCAUCAUCUACCUCAUUAACAUCAACAUCUUCAACAACCACAACAAUUACAUCAGUAACACCCUCAUCAUUAUCAUCGCCAUUAUCAUUGUCACUUUCAUCAAUAACAACACCACCUUCAAUGAUGACAACAUUAACACCGACCGGAGGACCAACGACAACCUCAUCAUCACCCUCGACAACAACCACAACCACAACAACAACAACAAUUACACCAACCUCAUUAUCUUCAUCCUCUGCAAUAGUUAAAGACAAUUUAACAUUAACUUCACCAUUAAUCAGUAAAAUGGCCUCACAUUUUGACCAUUCCUUAUGGCGACCAUCAUUGGGAAUGUCAUCAUCUCUACUUAACUUCCGUUAUCCACUCAUGUCUCCUCUAGUCACUGAAAGGUUUCCUCAUUUACUAUCAGCUUAUCAUCCGAUGCUCAUCUCUCAACAAUUAGCUGCCUAUUCAUCAGCUAAUUUCAAAGGUAUGUGUGGAUGUUGUCUUCCAACUGAUUCUGGGAACGGUUCAAAUUCGGGGUCAUCAGGUAGUGCGAAUGCUGAUUCACUGAGCUCAACACUGAUUAAUAACAUGGCCAAGUAUCGAUUAGAUUUGUCACCUCGAACAGGUAGUUCACCUUUACCACCUCCACCUCCUCCUCAUCCUUCAACAACAACAACAACCAUAAAUCCGGUUACAAGUCAAGAAUCAAUAUUAAAUUCAUCAAUCAACACAAUAUCAGCAUCUUCAUCAACGAUAACUCCGAUUUCCAUUACUUGUUCAUCAACAUCUCCAUUAUCCUCGUCAUCACCUUCAUCUUCAUCCUCAUCUUCCUCAUCAUCAACGGUCGUAACAGCUUCCAGUGGUGUCAACGAGUUACGUCGUAAGGCCAAGGAACACUGUGAAACCUUGUUAGCAUCGAGGAACAGUUGAUCACUGAAUAAAUAUGCAAUCAAUUAAUCAAGACUUCUAAUUCUGUUCUCCCGAUUUCUUUAAUCAUCUUGAAAAUUUUCUAAAAUAAAAAAGACAAUUAGCAGUAAUUAUUGUGUAAUUGAAUCGAUAUCAACAUCAACGAGAGAUUAUCCCAAUCAAGCUGAUUGUUUUUCUUGCUUUUACUUGGAAAAUCAUAACAAGAGAUCAACAUUUACACACUUUGUUCAAUCUUUUGCUGGAUAAAUAUGAUUGUUAUUAACAUUUAUACAUUCAAAUGCUUAAUCUAAUGCAAUCUAAAUUAUUGAAGAUAAUCCAUUGAAUAUCCUGAGCCAUCAUGCAAAAAUUACCAAAGAACAAGAAAAACCAUCGAUGCAAUCUUCCCGUAAUCUAAAUAUUAAAUCACCAUGUUUAUAACCGAUUGUAUUAAUAUACAAAUAGUUCCAAUAUGAUUUUCGUUUGUCAAGUCAACUCAAUGAAAGUAAAAAAUAUGAAAAAUAACAAUUAAAAAAUGAAA